AUGUUAGCUUUCUCGGUGCAGUCGGGGACCCACACACCACGAGAAGCUGUACUGACCCUGGUGUUACAUCAGCUCAGCAAGAUUGGACGAAGACCAUCAGGCUAUCCUCCAUGGCCUCCAACCUUGCGCUUGAUUGGUAAUCUCCGCCUCAUGCCCAAAGAGAAGGGUUAUGUCCGCCUCCAGAAGUGGGCUGAAGAGUAUGAACCCGCGUAUUGGUUGAUCCUUGGCACGAAAGUGAUGAUCGUUCUAUCGUCCGACAAGGCUAUUAAGGACCUGCUCGAAAAGCGGACCAACAUUUACUGUUUCCGCCCAGAUAUGUACUUAGGCCAGACCAAAGUCGUUCACAACAACCUAAACAUUGAAGCUGCUAGGACAUACGUACCCUACCAGAACCAGGACCUUGAGAACAAGGCCAUACCUAUGGGCCUGCUCGAGAUUCCAGAUCUUUUUUUGAUCAUAUCCUCGAACAAGCUGAUAUUAUUCUUGGGUUUCAAAAUAUUCUGCGAAAUGAAGGUAUUUAAGACCGUUGCCCUGCUUGAUGUAUUUUCAGUGCUUCGAAAGGUGCAUGACUGGGUGUCCCCAUGCACAAGCGGAUCAGUUCUUGAGGCUGGCUCCGACACAAUGGUCAAGCUACUUGUAAGAUUCGUCCAAGCUAUGAUUCUAUUCCCAGAAGUCGUCAAGGCUACACAGGAAGAAUUGGACAGGGUCUGUGGUGAUCACUUCCCCACUUUUGAUGGCGAAAUGAACCUACCGUACAUGGGCGGCUGUGUCAAAGAAAGCAUGCGUUGGAUGCCAACUGACACUCUUGGCGUCGCUUAUGGCAUUUGCGACGAAGAAUACAUGGGCUACAAGAGCCCAAAGGGGGCUGGUAUGGUGUGGAACGUAUGGGGAGUCCACAUGGAUCCAAAACGCCAAUCUGCGACGUUUUGA